AGCUGACUAAAUAUAAUGUUUCUUGUUAACACGUAUCACGGACUUCAAUCGCAGGAAACAAGACAAGGCUGUAUGAUUUAUUACGUGUGGUCACUCUCUUUCGUCCUGUCCGGCAAAGCGAGGAAGAGGCGGGACCACGGUCAUCAUAAAAACAUUCAUCCAUAAAUGCCAAACAUACUGGAUAACUAUUAUAAACCAAACAUCAUGAGAACUCAAAUAGUGAUUACAAUUGCCAUACUGUGUCUUACGUGUGUAUUAUGCCAGAAAUCCACAGUGGCAGAGUGUGAUCCUCCUUGUAAGGCUGGGACAGAGACGUGUGUCCGACUCUCCAGAUGUAAAGGGAAGAAAUGUAACAUGUGUGCAGAGACGCCUAGCAUACAAACUGCCAAACCUGCAAGUGUGCAACUUCCUGGAUUCGGGGAUUUACAAAAACAGCAGCUACAAAUGUUGCUGCAAGCUAAAAUGUUGCAGCAACAACAGGGUAAAGCCACUGCAGCAACAGAUUCGGUUUUUACGGAGACUGUGACGCAGCCUCCUGCUGAUUGGUCAUCCAUGUUUGCCGGAAAUACAGCAAACACCGGAAAUACGGGUUCAAAUUCUUUCACUGUGAACGAUUACUUUUUAUCGGGUUACCUUUUUGACGGAUUUGGCAUGGGAUUUAUGGCUUAAGGAAGAAAAACCCAACGACAUCUGCAUCAACUCUUUCAUUUCUUUCACACAUUCAUUAAUAUUGUCACCA